AUGCAACUGGAGGAUCAAAUCCAGAAUCAAAUUCACCAGGCCUCCGCUAGCACCAGCCGCAGCAAGCCUCGGUCGCGGCCCAGUUUGCGGACUUCGUGCGACUCCUGCUCAGCGACAAAAGUGCGCUGCACCAAAGAACAACCAACUUGUUCUCGCUGUAUUAAAAAUGGCUUGAAAUGCAUAUAUGGCCGGUCGCGCCGAAAGGGCAAACCAUCUUCCAGCAACGUCGCCGCUCUGAAACCCCUAUCCGCACUGCCUUCUCCGGCUUCACCAUCUCAGUCUGUAAAAUCACGGAUGACGGGUUAUCAGACUCACCAUUCCAAUGCAAAUUACAGCUGUAGCUGGUUUACCUCGCCUAUGUUUCCGACCACCAAUACUGCAAAUUCGGAUAUCGGCAAUGUCUUACCAGGUGAUUGUGAAAACAGAACACCGCAGAGCUUGACGUCCCAGCAUUCAACAGCAGACGAAUAUGCGACGUCCCAUUCACCGAUAAAUAUGGGGCCCAUGGAAUGCUCCCCACCAUCGGAUGGUGGGGAUUUUGACCCACCUCAGAGAAUGGCGGCCCACGGGAUCCAUGACGAUUCUGACGAUGAGACCGCAGAGGAGGACGAAGAUGAAGACCCGGAAGAAAAUAACGAGCUCCCGGACCCGGUCGAAGAUGAGAAUAUACCAUGCAUUGCUAUCGCCUGCAAAACGCUUUAUUCGCUAUAUCAUGUCGUGCCCCCCAGUGGUGAGAAAGGCAAAAUACCCAGUUCGUCUCAGAGAAAUGCAUUGUCAAGUGACCUGGUGUUUCGUAUGACUCGGUCGGCCACGGCGACGAUGUCUCGAUUACUAAACUGCACAUGCAGUGGCUGUUCGCAUGACGUGUCAAUGCUGAUGCUGCAGAGUGCGGUUCUUUUCAAGAUUCUUGCCUGGUAUGAAGCUCUAUAUCAAGGUGAUAUUAAUGACCAAGUCCAACCACCCAUGUCUUCAUCACAACAAAGCGGUCAAGUCAAGUCAGCCGAGAGCGCGCAGGAAUCUGUAUAUGCCAUAUCGUUGAACAUUGGGGCUUUCAAUCUUUCUCGCGCGACGGCAAAGAGGAUGAAGGCACAACUUCUACUAUGCGAGUUACAGCCUCUAGUCCAGGUGUGCCAGCUUCUAGACAGACGGGUCCAGGCUGCCGACGAUCUUCUGGGUGAGAAGAACAUGUGUGAUGGUUCGAAUGCCCGCUUGCUAAGGAAGGUGGGCGAGUUGCAGCAGAUAUUGACUGAGAUAUGCACACAAGCACCGUCGUUGGUGUAG